AACCCGCCGCGAGGAUGAAGCUCUGGGCAGCGCUGCUGCUGGCCGGGCUCGUGGGCAGCCUGGCCGCUGCCCUCCCCGUGGAGAAGGUGGAUUUUGAGGGGCUCCUGAAGGAGCUCGGCAAACUGCUGGACCCCGAUGAGGGACCCCAGGAGCUGGAGGAGCCCAAGGAGAAACCCCAGGAGCUGUUCUGGCUGCUGGACCCCGAUGAGGAACCCCAGGAACAACCCUUGGUAAGCGCCGCAGAGCCCGAGGAUCCUGAGGAGAGCCCAGAGGAGCCCAAGGAGAGCCUGGAGGAGUCUGAGGAUCCUGAGGAGUCAGAAGAUCCCACAGAGAGCCCUGAAGAGUCUGAGGAUCCUGAGGAAAGUCCUGAGGAGUCGGAAGAUCCCAAAGAGAGCCCUGAGGAGUCAGAAGAUCCCAAAGAGAGCCCUGAAGAGCCUGAGGAUCCUGAGGAGUCAGAAGAUCCCACAGAGAGCCCUGAGGAGUCUGAGGAUCCUGAGGAAAGUCCUGAGGAGUCGGAAGAUCCCAAAGAUAGCCCUGAAGAGCCUGAGGAUCCUGAGGAGUCAGAAGAUCCCAAAGAGAGCCCUGAGGAAUCUGAGGAUCCUGAGGAAAGUCCUGAGGAGUCAGAAGAUCCCACAGAGAGCCCUGAGGAGUCUGAGGAUCCUGAGGAAAGUCCUGAGGACCCUGAGGAAUCUGAGGAUCCCGAAGAGAGCUCCGCUGAGUCAGAAGAUCCUGAAGAGAGCCCUGAGGAAUCCGAGGAUCCUGAAGCAAACCCAGAAGAGUCAGAAGACCCUGAAGAAAGCCUGGAGGAGUCAGAAGACCCCAAAGAGAACCCCGAGGAGUCCGAGGAUCCUGAAGAGAGCCCUGAGGAGUCGGAGAUCAGGUUGGAUCCGAAUGUCCUGGUGGAACUGGCAGACAAACUCAAAGAGGCGCAGGAAGGCAAGAGGAACGAGGGGGUCCUGUCUCUCGUGAUGGACGCGAUUAACUGGCUGGUGACCCAUCUGAGCAACCACAUCUUCGGGUGCGCACGGGGGCUCGGGCGGCCGCCCCGAGGUGAGCAGUGAGCGCCCUGAGCGCCCUCAGCACCCUGAGCACCCUGAGCGCCCUGAGCACCCUGAGCACCCUGAGCGCCCUGAGCGCCCUGAGCACCCUGAGCACCCUGAG